GGGCCUAAGGAAUACUGUGCAGUUGCCAUUCAAGGAGUUUCUGUGCCGAGAGGAAGAGUAUCAAGGGGACAAUCUCCGACUCGGGGUAUUUCUGGCGGUGGCAACGACGAUGACGGCUGUUGGUGGUGUUCGCCUCAUGGACUUCAUCAAGCACGCACCGCACAUAUGUUGGGUACACGCACUAUUAACCAAUAACGCAGACUGCAUAUGCAAUAUACCCCUUUUGGUGGGCGUAGCGCUCUUCGAGGAAAGGUUGAUCUGAAAGGAUUCAAUGAUUCAGAAAUUUCCCGUAUCGCCUUGUUCAGGAGAGCUGCACCGCCACCCUCCAUAUCUCCUCUGAGUCCCCUCCCUCUUACUCCCACCCUUCGGUUUCUAGCCGCGUGCUGCAUUGUCUACGCAGCUAUUGCCUACGUAACCAUCGCGUGGCAUUGUCGAUCAGAUUGGACGUCAUAUUCUAAGAUGCAGAUGGGGUGCGUGAGGUUGUCUACGGCUGCAUGCUCGGCCCCCAUACCUUGCCAGAUGCGUUUCGAAAUCUGCAAAUGCCCCCAAAACUAUAUGCACUGAUCACUUUAGGGUGCAGGUAUGAAUGGAAAUGGCCCUGCGAACACAAAAUACUCUCGCAUACUUUUCGCCCGAUUUUGAUUCAUCUUACGACUAGACGGGCGGCUACUGAUGU